AUGUCGCAACCAAGCACACCGGAAAACCGCAAGGCCAAGGUUAGUUGGCGGAGAAAGCUUUUGAAAGGAAGUGGCAGUCGAGGUGGUAGUCUGGACGGAGACAGUGGGGUUAUGGGGAGAAUUAGUCCGAGUACAUCCAGUUCGACGACCGAGGGAGGGUCCCCACGAGCCAAGGGGAGGAAGACAGGAAGGUAUAUUGGAGGAGGAUAUAGCAGUUAUUCUGCUGAUGGGAGUCGGUGUGAGAGCGAGCAGGGGACGCCUAGGAAGUCGGGAAUGGCGUUUUUGGGGCUUCUUCACAAGACGAGGACUCCCACUGGCGAAUCGCCUAAUAUGGGGGAGAUGAUGGACCCGAUGCACGAUUGGGACAGUUUGUUCACAGGUUCGGCCAAUCCGUUUUUCUGUAAUGCGUCGUUGGCAUUACACGAGAUGGUCAGUCCGAAACAGGGGGCGAGAGGGCCCCAGGUUAAGCCAUUUAUCUUCACUCAGUCCCACCAAACGACUACAAAUCGACCAGAUCUGGGAACACGGUGCCUUAUAUGUGACGAGUAUCUUCAAACCAAGCUUCUGGAUGAAAAAAUAGUGGACUUGAAGUGUGGAGACUUUGUCCACAGUGAAUGUUUUCAGAUAACAAUAAACUACGAGAUCGAACGGUUGGCUGAGACAUCCUCACUCGACUCGAGCAGCGACCAUUCGACGUUGAUCGAUAAAAUCUUUCCCAAAUGCACCGGCAGAGAGUGUUCGGUCGGUGGAGUGAUUACACCCAUGUUGCCCAUGGAUGACGGCUACGUGGACGAUAUUAUUGUCAAUGCAUUGAUUGCCCAACAAGACCACGAUUCGAAAUCAAAAAAUAGUAAUCUCGCUGCCUUAGGUUCAACUUUAGAAUCUAAUAAGAACCACAAUAGAAGAACGAAACUUCAAUCUGACUCCUUAGGCACUGUGAGUCCCCUUAUUACACCAAAGCUAUACAACCAACUACGGCCAGUUUUCGGUUCAUCGAUUUCAGAACCAGUCAUUCCAAUCCGUCCAUUAAAACCAAGACAAAGGGUAUCACUUAUACGGGAACCCUCUAUCAAAACGAGGUCACCUUCACCCAAUUCUAGUAUUUCUACGAUGAAUACCGAAACUAUCAAGAUCACUAAUUACAAAGGAGUAUCUAUUGAGACCUUGAAGGAUCAGUUUAUUCAAUAUUUAAUUGACAAUUGUCCUCAAUUCAGUUUAUCGACACUAUUGAAAUUAGGUCCUUUACGGUUGGUCGAUCAACUACUAGUUAGCACAUCAAGUUUAAAAUUGUUUGAACGGAAGAUUUGUUAUCUAUUCACAAACUUUUUGGCCAUAUGGACAAUCAAUGGUCCAUAUCCGGUAUUAUUCCCGUUAGAUGCAGAAAAACUUUCUAUUAGCACCCACAAUGAAUCAGUAUUGAAAUUGAAGACUACUGAUUCAGGUUCAUAUAUCAAAGAAAUUUUGUUAAAUUCUGAAGUUGAUUCGAUUAUCGAAAAAUGGGUAGUUGCUGUAUCAGACAUUUAUUUUUGCUUCCCUUCUGAUGUUCUCACAUCAACCAUUAUCUUACCCAAAUAUAAGAAGGAGCCUUCUUAUAUUGAUGAAGUUCUCUUCCCCAAGCCUUGUGCUCGCCGGAAUAGUUCAAAUACAGUUUCUUCUGUAAAGAAGAGUAAUUCUACAAUUGAUGUCAUUGAUAUCAAUAACGAAACACCUACUAUUUCAAAUAUUUCAUUUCCAUCACCUUCCAAAGCAGAUAUGGUGGAUCCCAAUAGUGAUUCUGAUAGCGACUCUGAUCUAGAAAAGAUUACAAAUGCGCUUAAUUUGGAGCAUCAACAAUAUGCUUCAAAGAAUUCAGUUAUUUCAAUGAAUCCUGAUAAUAUUUCUUCCCACAGCAUUUAUAAUCAAGAAAGUGCUAGUGAUGAUGAAGAUUCUGACCAAGAAUUGAUCGAUGACGUUUUAAAGCAGAAAAACGAAAAACACUCGAGCGAUAGUUGCGAAAGUGGUUGGAAUGCUUUGUUUGCAGAUAUCACUCUUGCCCUUGUUAAUAACCAGAAUUACUAG